AUGCUCGCCACCUCCACCCUCAUCGGCCUCGCCGUCUCCCAGCUCGCCAUCACGGCCGCAGCGGGCGACUGCAAGACCUUCCUCUUCUACUGCGGACACACGUUCAAGGGCCGCGGCAAAGUCCUCGCCGACGCGUGGAACAACGGGCAGUAUCCCAGCACGGCGCAGAUCGGACAGAGCCUGUUCAAGUGUGCGGGCCAGGGCGAGACGCUGGUGUGGGUCAACGGGCGCACGCCGUGUGGCAACUGUGUUGAUGCUGGGAGUGGUCGGAGCGAUUACUGCGGCUGA